AUGGCUCCUGUUACUUCAAAAGACCCCAGCCCAAGUGGCACGAGUCCUCUUCUGGUCAAAACUUCGGCACAGAGACGCCUAUACCCCCUCUUCUUCCACCCCCUUACCAGCGCCAUACUCGUCGUCUUCAUCAUCUGCGAAGCCUUCGUCCUCGGCGGCCUCUACUUCGUACGCUCCGACCAUCUCGUCAAGGUCGCCGCGGCGACGUACUUCCUCAACGGCAUCGUCUGCCUGUUGGAUUUAAUCGCGUUGAGCACGUGGUUCAUCGACGCCGCCGAGCGGAUCUGCACGGGCGGGGAGCGGGACGCGAGCGUGAGGCGGCGGGUGCGGAGGUACUGCUACGGGUCCUCGUCGGCUAGCGAUGUCACCAUCUCAGGCAUCGUCUUCGUGAUGAGACUCGCGUUUUGGCCGGCUUUCUCGGUUUACGAUGUACGGAACGGGUGCCGGAACGGGUUUGCCUGUAUCGGCGGAAAGCUGAAGCUGGAGGACUACGUUGAUCUGGAGCUUAUGGAGGAGUUGGUGAGGAGGGAUGAGAGAGUGAACGAAAGGGACGAGGGGCCUUUCCAUGUCACUACGGAGACGAAACAUGCCGAUGCUUGCGUCACUAAGGAUGAACAUUAG